AUGGCUAUCUCACCUUUACAGCCUUGGAGAGCCGAGAAUGAAGAUCUUUCCUUCAUAGCCCGGUGUGAGGGAGGCAAAUCUACUGAGCAGAACCCCGACAAUCAUCUCCACUUUGGCAGAGAGGCAGAAAUGCGAGAGGCUAUCCAGAGGCUUAGGUGCUGUGAGGUGACUUCUAGCAGCUGGCACAAGGAUAUACAGGUGCUGAAGUACCAAAUGGACAACGUUAGCUCUCAGGUCCAGCUGCUUGGGGGCCAUCUGGAGGAUGUCCGUGCUGACAUCCAGCAGACAAAAGGUGUGCUGAAGGGGUCUGUUACCUUGGCUUCAGAAACCUUGAAGCUGGCCAGUGCUGAUAUCCACAGUCUGAGAGGAGAUUUGGAAAAGGCAAAGGCUAUGACUUCCCAAACCCAAGGUCUCUUAAAGAGCAGCGGAGAAAACACCAGUGCUGAGCUCCACAUGCUGGGCAGAGGCCUUGGGGAAGCCCAGUCAGAGAUCCAGGCACUGAGGGGCAGUCUGCAGAGUUCAAGCGAGCUCAGCUCCCAGACCCGGAUCUUUCUCCAGCGCAAUGUGAACAGCACUAGCGCCGAGAUCCAGGCCAUGAAAGAUCACCUGGAAAGGGUUGGCGAUGAGAUGAACUCAUUAAAGAAAAAUCUGGAAACAGCCGCUACUCAGACUCAAAAGGCAAACAGCCACCUGGAGCAGACAGAGGCCCAGAUCCGGGUGUUAACAGCUGAGCUGAAGAGCACCUGUUCCUUAAACUCCAAGAUCGAGGUGGUCAAUGGUCAAUCGAAAGAAGCCAGCAGAGAGUUACAGACGCUGAGAGGAGGCCUGAGCGAUGUCUCGGCUUUGAAGUCCAAGGUCCAGAUGCUACAGAGCGAUCUGCAGAAGGCCAAGGCAGAGAUGCAGAGCUUGAAAACAGAUCUGGAGGCUACGAAAACUCUCACUGCCAAGAUUCAGGAGGAACAGAGUGGCCGGAGGGCCCUGCGGGCAGCUGUGGCUGCACAGGGGCAGGUGCAGAAGACUCAGAAUCAGCUUUUCCAGCUAAUCCUGCAGGGCUGGAAAGUCUUCCAGGGAAACCUGUAUUACUUUUCUCAUGACAAGAAAUCAUGGCACCAGGCUGAGCAAUUCUGCGUGUCCCAGGGAGUGCACCUGGCAUCUGUGACGUCUCAGGCAGAGCAGGCAUUCCUGGAAUGGUACACGAGUACUGUGUACCAUUGGACCGGGCUCACUGACAGGGGCACAGAGGGCAACUGGCGCUGGGCAGAUGGGACACCAUUCAAUCGUGCCCAGAGCAAUGGGUUUUGGGGGAAAAACCAGCCGGACAACUGGAAACAUGAUGGAGAGUGUGAGGACUGUGUCCACAUGCAGCACCUGUGGAAUGACGUGGCCUGUGGAGCCACCUACCACUGGGUGUGCAAGAAGGCUACGGGUCAGGCUGUGGCCACAACGGGCCACAGCUGA